GUCACUCUGGCGCGGACUGGUAGUCUUCUCUCCCAAAAGAAUGGCGAUAAAAUUAGGAUUUGUCAUUGUAAUAGCAUUGACAAUUUUGUCGAUCUGUGGAGCUGCGGUCUUCAGGCCGAUCUCCGACUCUCAUCGAUCCGCUGCAUUAGAGCUCUUUACUCCCUCCGACGGAUCUUAUGGGAGCCUGGAAGAAACCUAUGAGGCUUUGAGAACGUUUGAUGUCCUCGGGAUUGAUAAAAAGGCUGACAUAAAGGCUUCCACCUGUAAGUCAGUUGUUGACAUUCUAUCGACUCCUUCUUCACACUUGAAGGAUUUGUUUCAAGCAUUCAGAGUUAAUGGAAUAUUAAAGUGUGAGCAGAAUGAUGGGGUUAUUGCACCCACUGCCUCAAGACUCAACGAAGGUGUAAAUAGCGCCAAAUCACUUCUUGACUUCUACUAUUCAAUAGGAGGUUUGGUGCUUAUCAAGGAUCUGAGUUCUGAAGUUGAUGUUCAUCUCAAAGAUGCUAAAGGAGUUUUCCAUUCAAUCAAGGCUCUCAGCCAAAGUGAUGGAAGAUGGCGUUAUAAUUCUAAUAAUCCUGAGUCUAGCUAUUAUGCUGCAGGAAUAGCGCUUGAGACCCUUGCUGGCGUUGUUUCAUUAGCAUCUUCCAAGAUUGAGUAUUCUCUGAUUGAUACGUUGAAAAAUGAUGUAUCAAAGCUUUUUGAUGGCAUUGAGAGAUAUGAUGAUGGAGCCUACUAUUUUGAUGAGAAAGUUGUUGAUGCACAUGGACAUCAGGGUCCUCUUUCAGCUUCAUCAUCAAUAGUCCAUGGUAUCACAGCUUUAGCAACAAUAACGGGUGAAAAUUUAAAUCUUCCAGGGGAAAAGAUUUUAGGUUUAGCAAAGUUUUUCCUUGGUAUUGGAAUCCCUGGAAAUGAAAAGGACUUGUAUUACCAAAUUGAUGCAUUGGCCUGCUUGGAAGACAAUAGGGUUUAUAUUCCUUUGAUUUUGUCACUGCCAACUACUGUGCUGUCAUUGACUAGAAAAGACCAACUAAAGGUGCAUGUAAACACUGUUUUGGGAUCUUCAGCUCCUCCUCUGUCAGUAAGACUCAAGCAGGUUUUUGUCUCAGGUUCAAAGGAUGCAUCAAUAGUUGAUCAGGACCUCAAGUUUGAUCCUGAAAAUAAAGUACAUUUGGGUGCUCUGCCAGAAAGCAUUGAUGUUGGAAGUUACAUUUUUAGUUUUGAGAUUGUUCUUCAUGACCCAGAGCAUAAAAAAAUCUAUGCUACAGGUGGAAGAAGCAAAUUCCCCAUAUAUGUCACAGGAGUUGUCACAGUUGACCAUGCAGAAAUUGCUAUUCUUGACAGUGAUCUUGGAAAUGUGGAAACUAAAAAAAAGCUGAACUUUGCUGGGGAGAAAUCUGUCUCUCUACAAGCGAACCACCUUCAGAAGCUGCGGCUAGAUUUUCAGUUGACCACUCCUCUUGGGCAUGCUUUCAAACCACACCAGGUAUUCCUCAAGUUGAAGCAUGAGAGCAAAGUGGAACAUAUCUUUGUGGUGGGAAACUCUGGAAAGCAGUUUGAGAUAAUACUAGAUUUUCUUGGACUCGUUGAGAAGCUUUUCUAUCUGUCAGGCAAAUAUGACAUUCAACUCACAAUUGGUGAUUCUGUUAUGGAAAACUCUCUCUUGAAAUCCUUGGGAUAUGUUGAAUUAGAUCUGCCAGAUCCUCCUGAGAAGGCAGCCCGUCCUCCUCCACAGCCCAUUGACCCUUCCUCAAGAUUUGGUCCCAAGGCAGAAAUAGCUCACAUAUUCAGGGCUCCAGAGAAACAGCCUCCUAGAGAGCUUUCCCUUGCAUUUCUGGCGCUUGUUCUCUUGCCCUUCUUUGGAUUUUUGGUUGGGCUUUUACGGUUGCGGGUGAACCUGAAGAACUUCCCACAUGCCCCAGUGCCUGCUACAUUUGCCAGUCUUUUCCACGUUGGCCUCGCAGCUGUCCUCUUACUCUAUCUUCUCUUCUGGCUGAAGUUGAAUUUGUUCACCACAUUGAAAGCUCUUGGAAUCUUGGGAAUGUUUUUGAUGUUUGUUGGACACAGAACCCUCUCACACUUGGCUUCAACAUCAGCCAAGGUGAAAUCCGCGUGACCUGCGGGAUAAUCCGUUUACAAAUGACCUAGAAAAGCAUGGAAGAAACAGAGUCUAUUAUUGAGUCAGUUUUGUAGGCUAUGGCCACCAAAUCAUGUAUUUAUGACUUAUGAGGAUAGAAUUUUUCCCACCAUCAUAUUGAAAACACUUCAGUUUAGUGCAUCAGAAAUUCAGGAUUAUAUCUUCUUCUUCUUUUAAGUGGUGUAGUUGUUUUAAUGCCUGAGAUGUUUAAUUUUGAAUCAACUUUUAUGUUCAAUAUGUGUCUGCCUAGUACUCCAUCUAACUGCUCCUUAGUGUGUGAAGUUAGACAGUUGUAAUACUGGAUUCAUAUGAAAAUAUCUUUAGAUUUUCUCAUUUUUCA